CCCACUCCGGGCCCCGGGGCUCCAGACGCCGCCCGGCAGUGAUAUGGGCGUCCCCCUGGUCCCGGAGGCCAGCGGCCCGCGCUGCGGGCCUGUGCUCCUUGCUCUCUUCCUGGCUGCCUCCCGAGGUCCAGCGGCAGCCUUCAAGGUGGCCACGCCAUAUUCCCUGUACGUGUGCUCCGAGGGGCAGAACGUCAGCCUCACCUGCAGGAUCGCAGGUCCCAUGGCCAAAGGGCACGACGUGACCUACUACAAGACGUGGUACCGCAGCUCACGGGGCGAAGUACAGGUGUGCUCAGAGCGCCGGCCCAUCCGCAACCUCACGUUCCAGGACCUCCACCUGCACCACAGCGCCCACCAGGCCAACGCCAGCCAGGACCUGGCCAAGCGCCAUGGGCUGGAGUCGGUCUCUGACCACCACGGCAACUUCUCUAUCACCAUAUACAACCUGACCCUCGCAGACAGUGGCCUCUACUGCUGCCUGGUGGUGGAGGUCAGACACCACCACUCGGAGCACAGGGUCCACGGCGCCAUGGAGCUGGUGGUGCAGACGGACAAAGCAGCAUCGACGCAGUGCAUCGCGUACCCACCAUCGCCCAGGGAGAGUGAAAGCAUCACAGCUGCUGCCCUGGCUACCAGCGCCUGCAUUGUGGGCAUCCUCUGCCUUCCCCUCAUCCUGCUCCUGGUCUACAGGCAAAGGCAGGUGGCCUCCAACCGCCGUGCCCAGGAGCUGGUGCGGAUGGACAGUGGCAACACGCAAGGACUCGAAAAUCCUGGCUUUGAGGCCUCCCCAUCCUCCCAGACCAUGCCAGAGGCCAAACCCAGGUCUCCACUGUCCUACAUGGCUCAGCGGCAGCCUUCAGAGUCCGGGCGGCACCUACUCUCUGAGCCGGGCACUCCUCUGUCUCCACCAGGCCCUGGGGAUGUCUUCUUCCCAACCCUCGACCCCGUGCCUGACUCCCCAAACUCUGAGGCCGUCUAGACCAACUGGGGCCGGUGGGCAACUGUGGCUGGGCCUGGGGCAGGUGCAUCUGAGGCAGAGCUGACCUUCUUGAGUGGCCCCUUAGCCUUGACGCUGGUCCUGGUUUCCUCCCUCCUGAUCUGAGCCCAGACUCUCUGAGAUACCUCUGAUGGCCAGACCCUCAACUCCUCUGGGUGCUAUAGGGCAGAAGGGAGAAGGGGUUGGAUGGCUCAGCCCCUGUCUCAAGGAUGGUGGGGUGCUGGGAGCCCACCCCAGAGACCUGAAUUUUACCAGCUACAAAUGCCAAAUGGCCUACAUCCGAGAAGUUCAAUAGUUUCCAGCCUACGGCAGCUUCUCUCCCUGGGACAUGAGCUUUGUGACCGGACAGCCCUGAUGGGACAAGAUGGGCACUGGACAGAACUCCUCUCCCCUCUUCCCCACACAGUGCCAUCCUCCCAGGCACGAGACCCAGGACAUGAUGUGGAAAGACUCCUCCUCAGUGUGCUAGAUCUAGCUUUCCUGACCUCUCCUGAGGCUGCUCCUCUAUCAGACUCCCACUCUGUGAGCCCGGAGCUCUGAUGCUGGGCCUGCCUGCCCCCAGGGGCCAUGGGAGCCUUUCCCAGCUGUCUGCUCCCAGCAACCUCUCCCAGUAGCUGUCUGCCAACCGGUUAAACAAAAAUGGGCUCCCGCUGCCUGCCCUCUGGUCCCCAGAGUUCACUGGCCAGGGUCCCCAAAACAGGAAGUGCACCCCGAGGCACAGUGGCCACUGUGGGCCAACUGGGAUCUUGGGCAACGGGGGCCAGGCCAGAGGUUGCAGUACCCACCGCAGAGGGGGGUGAGGGAGAGCACAGGGAACAUGCUGGGAAGGUGAGUGGCUCCACCUCUUCCCCUCCCCCUCCACUGUGCAGUGUGCUUGGUACAGAAGGUGACCGCACACUGUAUUGUCCCAACUGUGACCCUCCCGCCAGUGGAAAGAAGAGGAAAAGUCCAUAGGCAGCAAGUGCAAACCCUGUGAAAAAACUGUAGGAGAUGGGCUUGAAUCCCUGCUCUGCUUCCAGGAGUGCCUGGGAGCCCCCCAUCUCCUCCACCUCCCCCGCCCAGUCUUUGGUCUUCCAUUCCACUUAAUCUGGGCUGAGUCUCCACUGCAGAGGGACCCUGUGCGGUGGGGGUGUACAUAGAAGGGUCUGGGGCCCUGUGCUCCAUCUCUUGCUUCUGACCGUGUCCUGGAUUUGUUUUUAUACACCAUGUGCAAGGGAAUGCUUUGUGGAAUUUUGAUUAAAGCGUUU